AUGUAUGAUGUUAGCCUACACGAGUUGUGGGAUAGGUGUAAUGCAAUUGUGUUAGAAUGGAUAAUGAACACAGUCUCUCCAAGUCUAAUUAGCACAAUAAUAUAUGCUUCUAAUGCAUAUAAGGUGUGGGAAGACUUAAGAGAGAGGUUUGAAAAAGUGAAUGCAUCUAGAGCCUGUUAUUUGCAUAAGGAAAUUGCCACACUUAUUCAGGGAGUGUCUUCAGUAUCUGUGUAUUUUUCGAGAUUACGUGAACUGUGGGAUGACUAUGAAACUCUGGAUCCUUCACCCUCUUGUGGAUGCCCUGAGUCUAGGCAACAUGCUGAAUAUUAUAGAGUUCAAAAAUUGUAUCAAUUCCUGUCAGGUUUACAUAAGUCUUAUGAGAAUGCUAAGAAUCAAAUUCUCAUGAUUAGACCACUGCCAAACAUAAACCAAGCUUAUGUUAUGAUUGUUAAUGUUGAGAGCCAAAUGAAAACAGGUGGAGGGAAUACUAGUGGUGUUGGUACUGAAAUUGGAGAACAUGCUGCACUCCUAAGCAAUAGAGGAGCAAGUAGAGGUGGCUACAGACCUAGAAACAACUAUGGGAAUGGGAAGGUUCCCCCUUAUUGUGAAUACUUCAAGUUCAAGGGUCACACAAAGGAUAGUUGCUAUACGCAACAUGGUUAUCCAGUUGAUUUCAAUUGUCAGGAUGCUGGGAGCUCUUCAACUACACAAUUCUCAUCACCUGCUCAAUUCUUCAUGCCAGAACAAUACUCUCAGAUUUUGCAAAUGCUGAACCAAGGAAAAGAAGUUGAACAUGUAGCCAACACAUCUAAAGUAGGACCUGCAGGUAUUACUACAUCCCUUAUGUCUAAUCUAGUUGACAAUAACUGGAUAGUUGACACAUGGGCUACUAACCACAUAGUACACAACUUGGAGUUACUUAGUAAAUUCAAGGAGUUGACAGGUUUGGAAAUAAACAAAGUACAUCUACCAACUGGAGAACAAGAACUCUUUGGUGGGAAGGUGAUAGGGAUUGGUAGGGAGGAUCAGAGUCUCUAUAUACUGAAAGCCAGUUCACAAGGAGGACUCAAUCUUGAUUCUGCCAGUAAACAUAGUCUGCCUGCCUCAUAUGUAAAUCAGCUACUUAAGGAACAUGGAGUGAUUCAUCAAAGUUGUUGCAUCUACACACCUCAUCAGAAUGGGGUGGUAGAAAGAAGACACAGAUAUAUCUUGGAUAUGGGCCAAUCUCUAUUUGAGCAACUGUUUUCCAAAGCUCCUUCCUUACAGCAUUUAAAGAUAUUUGGUAGCUUAUGUUAUGCCACUAAUGUGAAGAAAACUGACAAGUUAUGUCCUAGAGCAAUACCUGUUAUGCAUUUGGGGUAUUCUGUUACUCAAAAAGGCUAUCAUUUGUAUGAUCUCAGUAGUAAAGACUUUUUUGUUGGUAGAGAUACAGUCUUCAAGGAAGACAUCUUUUCUUUCAGAGAUAUGAAGUCUCAGAUCACAUCUUUAUUUCCUAUUCUAGAACUUAAAAUGUCUGAUCUUGUAUCCUCUGCCAUUUCUGAGGAGACUUUUCCUUCCUCUUCUUCUCCUGCUUCUCCUGGUAUCUCUCUUCCACCAUAUUCUCCUGGUAUCUCUCCUUCUUCUUCUCCCAGUUCUUUAUUACCCUCUCAGCCUGUGGUUCAGCCAGCUGUAGAGGAUCACAGAAGAUCUUCUAGACCCUCUAAACCACCUGUGUGGAUGCAGGACUAUGUGAAAUACAAAUCAAAUGGAGAGGUUGAACGAUAUAAAGUCAGGCUUGUAGCAAAAGGCUAUAGUCAACAGAAAGGAUUGGACUAUAAUGAGACAUUCUCUUCUGUGGCCAAAAUGGUUACAGUAAGGUCUGUGGUGGCUCUAGCAGCAGCUUCUCACUGGUACUUAUUUCAGAUGGAUGUGCAUAAUGCAUUUCUCCAAUGGGAUCUUUCUGAAGAAGUCUUUAUGCAAAUUCCAGAUGGCUUUUCAAGCUAG